AUGUACUCUGGUGCUGGCAAUCCGCAUUUCAACUUUACUGAUCAUAAUGCUAGCUUUAGUAGUGAUCAGCAGCGUGACUCGGAGCAGGAGCUACUAGAGUCCUUCUCUAUUCAAACUCCUGAUCUGUUCUCAGAAUCUGACUUCUCGAACUUGUUUGAUACACAGGUUGGCAAUCAUCAUGACCCUUACACCACGAGCCCCAGAAACUCAUACCCCAAUCUCGAUGCGCACACAAGCCAUCCUGAUUACCGUAAUGCUACCAGUGUGACUGGUUUUGGGGAAGACUCGCUUGCCAAUAGCUCGUCUACUCAGUUCACCUCCUUCGACCUGAACGCGGGCAAUAUUCCAGUCGAGCCGGGUCCCACUAUGACGCCUCACAUGGCCUCUAUGCCAUCACACUAUUAUGCAUCAAUUGCUUCGUACUUUCCCGAAUUCUAUGCUCCUAUCCUAUCUAAUGAUGGCAUCUCUACGAUGCCUGAUCCAGAAGAUCUGCUACCUUUGGACUUUGGCCAACCUUUACCUCUACCUAUCAACGAGCCCUCGCACUCCAACGCACCAUCACAAUUGCGUCUAGAAGAUCCGUUGCCUGCUCAACCUUCAAGAAAACGCCGUCAAGGUACCUUUAUUCCCUUUGAUCCGCGUCAAAAGCGGGUGAGGGGUUGGGCGGCUGCCGAGGAUGUUGCGCCAUCCACGGCACCCUUGCAGCCCAUUGUUACUGCCAGUGAUUCUGGGCAGUCUACAUCCCAGAAGCCUGGUGUAGGGCCUGCGGAGUAUGACGAGAACCAUACGAUCCACAAGGAAAUCGUUCGGAUGGCGCUGGACACAAUUAUCAGAUCCGUGCUUGCCGAAACCCCUUUCUUAUUCGAGGACGAGCGAAAGCAACAAGUUCAUUCAGCAUUAGUCGAAGCAGCGUGUGCCUUCGCCGAAGAAGAUUCUGCCAAACGUUGGACUUUGGAUAACGAAUCGAGGCUCUACAGAAUUCUAUCGGCGCCAUCUGUGAACGUGAUGUCCGUUGCUAAAAAGCAUGCACACAAUCUCGUUCCGCGCGGCUACGAUCUACGUCUUCCCCUUUCUUCUGUCGAAUCGGAACCCAAGCACCAGGUCAAAAUGGUCAAAAAUCUCAUCAAGCAGCCACCGUUUCCCCCGAGAUAUGUUUUCAAGACCGAUGGGGUGAAUGUGUUUGAAAAUGACGUGCUUCGGGACAUUGUCCAGAACACUGUCGUAGAACUCGGCUACCUGCGAUACAUCACUCAACAGUCUCAACUCGACGGCUUGUAUUGUACAGCCACCGUCGCUGUUCAUUGCGUCCUGCUCGGGCUAAAGGGAGGAGGAAAUGAAAAUGUCGAGUUCUCAGUCAAAGUAUUCAAACCCAUGCACACCGAACUGAUGAAAUUCAUCAAAGAGUAUAUCAACCCCCACAAACAACGAUCGGACUGGUGGGAGAAUCACAAUUGGUUCGUGGUUGACGAGCCUGACUGGUUAUUGCUAUCGUGGGAAGAGAUAAUACCGGAUAUCGAGAAGCGGCGUGGAGAGGCGCCCCAGAUGAUCAUUGGCAAAGGCCACAAUUAUCUACGAAUCAGCACUUAUCCGGUGACAAUUUUCAAAGCUAUCUUUCAAGGGAAAGCCUUGAAUGACCUUAUAACCAAAACAUAUAUGGGGGACAUUAAGAACACUCGACAAGAUUGA